UGUUUGAAUUCAAAGGGUGGGGCUACACAUUCAGUUAGCAAACAUGAGAAAACAUUUCGAAUGUGAAAAACGCUAGAGUGACUGAGCCAUCCAGAUAGACAGACAUGACCCUGUAGCCACACGUCAAACUCAAGAUAACUACCACAGAGUACCAGUCAGUGGACGUCAUCUGGCCAAACCAAGCGAGACAACCUGCUGCCGCUGGCUUGGAGCUUUUACAGUCAGACUACAGUACAUGUACAGUACAGUACAGUCAGCGAUGGAGACCACUACGGUUCCUGUUUCGAUGACCCCAGCUACUCUAGCUCUACAAACCCCAACAAGGAUUUUACACAAUGACACCUGGACAGCAGGAGAAAGAGACAGUGGCAUAUUUCCGUUGCAUUCUGGGAUGCGAGUAGACAGGAGUGUUUGGAGUAAUUAUCAGCUUGGCUGUGCCGUACAUCUUCAAGCAGCAGGACUAAAGCUCAGUCAGUAACAUCACAGGCACCAUGGGGGACCCCAAGGUCGGUAUGGCUUCCAGUAUUGAAUCAGUGGACACCAUUCUACUGGGAGUCUCUGUAAUAGCAACUGCUGUGAUGAUACUGCUAAUUAUAAUAGUGGUGCUCCGCUUCAUGGCCCAUCAGAAAGGUACAUAUUACACCCAUGAGGAGGCUUUAGCAUUUAAGGGAGACCCUGAGGUGCAAGACUUCACCGAAGAUUCAGAAGCUCUGGAAGAUCUGGAAGAGCCAGAAGAUCUGGAAGAGCCAGAAGAUCAAGAAGAUCCAGAAGAUCCGGAAGAGCCAGAAGAUCAAGAAGAUCCAGAAGAUACGGAAGAGCCAGAAGAUCAAGAAGAUCCAGCAGAUCCAGAAGAUCCGAAAGAUCCGGAAGACCCGGAAGAUCCUGAAGAAGAUGUCCAUUUCUGACGACUUCACACUCAACCACUCCAAAACUCACUCAGAUUUCCAUGUAGAGAAGCACUUGUGUGCUAAUUAUUUUAAUUUGUGUGUUAAAGUAAACUUUUAGCCUUAUGAA